UAAUCCAAUAAAUACUAGUAAUUUUCAUCACCCGGAAGAAGAAGAGGACGAAGAAGAAUAAGAAGCACACUACUGUUCUAAACAUGAAGUUUCUCUUUGAAAAUCUUGGAUAUUCAUCUUCUAUUUUCUUUCUGCUAGUGGCUCUGUUAUUUCCCCUAAAUACUGCAGUCCCUACUAUAACUUUGCCCAACAAUGAAAAGGUUCCAGCAGUAUUUGUGUUUGGAGAUUCUAUAGUGGAUACAGGCAACAACAACAAUAUCAAAACUACUGCCCAGUGCAACUUCCCUCCUUAUGGGCGGGACUUCGUGGGUGGAAAACCAACCGGAAGGUUUAGCAAUGGCAGGGUCCCCUCUGACUUCAUAGCUGAAGCACUUGGCGUAAAGAAACUCUUGCCGGCUUAUCUUGAUCCGAACCUGCAGCUUCAAGACCUCCUAACAGGAGUAACCUUUGCCUCCGGCGGCGCUGGUUAUGAUCCUGUCACAUCCACUCUUGCGCCUGCAUUUUCCUUAUCUGAUCAAAUAGACCAGUUCAAAGAGUACAUAAAAAAGAUAAAUUCAGCAGUUGGAGAAGAAAGAAGUGCAGCCAUAGUAUCCAAAAGCGUAUUCAUAAUCUGCAUAGGAAGCAACGAUAUUCUUAACACUUAUUAUUCUACUCCAUUGAGGCAUUUUCACUAUACUAUUGAUUCCUAUGCGGAUUUCUUAGCUAGCUCAGCUUCAAGUUUUAUCCAGGAACUUCAUGGACUUGGAGCGAGAAGAAUUGGAGUACUGAGCUUACCACCAGUAGGGUGUGUGCCAUCGCAGAGAACCACACGUGGAGGCAUACAAAGAAAGUGUGUAGAUUAUGAGAAUCAAGCUGCAAUCCUCUUCAAUUCCAAGCUAGUCUCAGCUAUUGAUUCUCUCAAAACAUCGCUUUCUGAUUCUAUUCUUGUAUAUCUUGACGUCUACAAUCCUCUGCUUUCCGUCAUCCAAAAUCCUGCUGAAUAUGGAUUCCAAGAAGCAACGAAGGGAUGCUGCGGCACAGGAAAAAUAGAGGUGACUUACCUUUGUUAUCACCUUGAGGACCCAUUAACUUGCAAAGAUGACUCAAAAUACGUAUUUUGGGAUAGUUACCAUCCUACAGAGAAGGCUUAUGAGACCCUUAUCACUCUCGUCCUCAACAAUUUAAACAAUAUGUUCGGAUGAGGAGACCUACCUAUCUCUCUUUCCACAGUUAUCAUUAUUGAUAGUCCAAGAAUAUGAUGCAAUUGAAUAUUUUUAAUUAGUACUGUAUGUCUAAUUGUAUUAGUAAAAAAAAAAUUAAAUAUUUUGAUAUCGUUAAUGAUUGCUAUUGGUAAUGUUAAUUUAUUAGAACAUUUCAACAGACUUAAUCAUAAUAUUAAUUAUGUUUUUAAAUUA